AUGCUUUCACGUCGUGCUUGUGCCAGCGUGCGUGGCAGGCUAAUCCCACAACCAAUUGCCACUGUCCGCACGCGAGCUUUUGGUGCUACAACUGCGGCGCAGAGCCCUGCGCGAGCUCCCGCACUUGCCGACAUCACGCCAGACAGUGCGGCGAGUUUUAACGAGAAGCAAAAGAAGUUCCGCGAUGGCCUAGUAGCAGCCCAGAAGCGAAAGGAGCAGGAGGAGAAAGAGGCUCGCGCUCGUGAGCAUGAGAAUGCCAAAAAGAAGGGCGGUGCAUUAUCGUCCCUCAUCUACGGCACACCCGAAGGUCGCGAGCUUGACAAGGACAUUGAGCGCAGUUUCUCGCAGGUCCUAGCCCGCGGCAAGUACGUUCAUUCGAUCGUCUUCCACGAAGUCAAGCAGGAAAACGUUGAAGAGUACACCGAGUUGGUUGGCGGCUGGUAUCCCAAGAUGGCCUCGAUCCCCGAGAACAAGGUCCAUCUGGUAGGUAGCUGGAGAACUGAAGUUGGCGACUGCAACACCUUUGUGCACAUCUGGGAAUACCAGCGCUACGAAGGAUACCACGAGUCGCUACACAAUAUCCAGUCGCAUCCCGAAUUCCCCGCCUUCGAUGCCAAGCUCAAGAAGUUGAUCUCCGGCAAGCGCAAUUCCCUUAUGCAAGAGUUCUCUUUCUGGCCAACUACACCACCACGCCAGCUUGGUGGCAUCUUCGAACUACGCUCGUAUACACUACACCCAGGCAACCUGCUAGAGUGGGAGACACACUGGCGACGUGGGUUGAAGGCCCGACGAGAGGUCAUGGAAGGUGUAGGUGCUUGGUUCGUUCAAAUCGGCGACCUCAACACAGUGCAUCAUCUAUGGCAGUUUGCCAACCUCGAGGAACGCAAGAUCCGUCGUGAACAGAGCUGGAGCGUGGAAGGGUGGGGCGAGACGGUGCACAAGACGGUACCACUCAUUCAAACCAUGAAGAGCAGCAUCCUCAUUCCCUGCUCCUGGAGUCCUGUGGCUUGA